GGCCUAGCUACCCACCCCCCACCCUACCUCUCCUCCGCCACCCGUCGCCGGCCGGCAUCUCGCUCGGAGCCAGCGCGCCGCGGCGGCCGGAGCCCGGAGGGACAACGCAACGAUCUCUCUCUAGCUAGAGCUAGAGCUAUAGCUUAGCUCAGCUAAUUAUAAUACAUAGCUAGGAAGAAUUAACAAUUAAUGGGGAAGCGCAGUGCGCCCCGGUACCCCGACGACGGCGGCGGCGGCGGCGGCGGGAUUUGCUGCGUGCUGUGCUGGUGCUGCUGCUUCCUGUUCCUGAUCGUCGCGGCGCUCGCCGGCGCGGCGGCGUACGCCCUGUUCCUGUACAAGCCCAAGGCGCCGUCCUACUCGGUGAGCAACAUGUCGGUGUCGCAGUUCGACUUCAACUCCAACGACCUGACGCUCUACACCAAGCUGGUGGCCACCGUGCGGGCCGAGAACCCCAACGAGAUGAUCGGCAUCAUCUACGGCGACGGCUCCCGAACGGUCGUCUCCUACCGCGGCACGCCGCUGUGCUCCGGCCACCUCCCCACCUUCUACCAGGGGUUCAAGAACGUGACGGUGAUGGAGAUCUCCAUGGAAGGGAGGCACGGCUUCGGGUCGGGGCUGCAGAGCGCGCUGGAGGAGAGCGAGAAGGAAGGGAACGUGCCGCUCGACGUGUUCGUCAGCGUGCCCGUGUCGCUGCGGUUCGGCUCGUUCGACGUCCGGGAGGUGAGGGUCAACGUGCACUGCGCGCUCGUCGUCGACAGCAUCUCACCCAAGAAGAAGCCCACCAUCAAGUCCGCCACCUACCAGGGCAACGUAGAGUUCUGAUCCAUUGCAUGCAUCGAACAUCAAUGCCUUCAUUAAUUUCAUUUAAUUGUUUGUUUUAAUUUGUUAUUAACUUUGCUGUUCAGUGGAGUUGGGGAGAAAGUAUGUUUGUGAUGUAAACACUGUAGUAAGAAAUGGUUCCAAACUAAAAUUCCUUUGGUUGAAGUUAUAUGCAGAAUGCAGAGACAUCUUUUGAUCA